UACAUUCGUAAAAGUAUAAACAUAACGUGAGUUCCGCAAAUGGAAAAUAAAAAUUAGUUUCAAUAAAAUUAUUGGCAUGUUAGCUUCGAUAUAAAUUAAAAACCAAAUAUGUUACUUGAUGAAAAGGUCCAAAAGUAUAAACUACUUGCUGAGAAAAUCUAUGAGCGAUGCCAGGAGCUACAGAUAGAGAAUGAGCGUUGUGUGCUACGCAUAAACACAGUUAAAAAACUUUUGCGUAGACGAACCCGCGAUGUGGAGCUAUUGAAGCGUCGACUUGAUAAGCAUAAUGAUAUUUGGCGACAAUUGCCCAUGGUCGCACCACAUCCAAAACGUAAAAUCGAACAAAAACGAGGACCCAAGCCCAAACCAAAGAAUCCUACUGAAGAACCAACCGAAGACAAAGUCAAGAAGGUACGCAAACAACGCAUGAAGAAGAAUCCUGCUCCGCCACAAAACAAUGUUGAUGGAAUUAUACAGCCCUUACCACAUUUCAGCGAUCAGCAGGAAAAACAAUUAUUACUACAACAACAAUUUGUACAAUACAAACAAGAUAUUUGAAUCGAUAUUUAUAUAUUUGAUUAUUUUAAUGUGAUUUUCCCAAGCGUACGUGUGUAACGUGCAAAUAUUCAUUGUCAACAACACAUAAAAAGUGACACGAGUUAUAUUUAGAGCUGGUGAUAAUACAGUUAGCAUUUUAAUUCAAUUAAAAA